GCGGAACACCUGAGAGCAUCCUUUAAGUCCUCCAUCAUCAUCAUCAUCAUGGCGUGGCCGUGCAUCACGCGCGCCUGCUGCAUCAACCGCUUCUGGACGGAGCUGGACAAGGCGGACAUCGCGGUGCCUUUGGUUUUCACCAAAUACUCGGACGUGACGGACGUGCAGCGGCUGCAGCACCACCACCCGCAGCCCAAACACAGGCCGAACCCCGAGGAGCCGCCCGCCGCCGACGAGGCACCGCCCGCUGCCGGCGGUGCCGCAGCGGCCAAAGAUGGAUCUGCCGCGUCCGUCAUGCGCCAAGACUUCCAGGCGUGGAGGGUCCGGCCCGAGCCCAGCUGCAAGCCCCGGAACGAGUACCACCCCCCGCCGGCCCCGUUCAGCAACGAAACCCAGUACCAGAAGGACUACAAACCCUGGCCCAUCCCGAGGAAGCACGACCACCCCUGGAUCACCAAACCCUGGCCCGCCGGCGGGCCGGAGAGGAGCGGGGCCGGCGGGCAGAAGCGUCGAGCCGCCGUGGCCGAGAGCGGCGCGGAGAAGAGCGAGAUGGAGGAGAAGAUCCAGGAGAAGGAGGUGAAGGUCCAGGAGAAGGAGGUGAAGGUCCAGGAGAAGGAGGUGAAGGUCCAGGAGAAGGAGGUGAAGAUCCAGGAGAAGGAGGUGAAGGUCCAGGCGAAGGAGGUGAAGGUCCAGGCGAAGGAGGUGAAGGUCCAGAAGGACGCGAAGAAGGAGGCGGAGGAGCAGCGCAGGGGCAGGGCGGCCGCUGAUGCUGUGAACAAGCAGAUCAAGGAGGUGAUGUCCACCUCCAGCAGCUACAGGACUGAGUUCAAGGCUUAUAAGGAUGUGAAACCCGUGAAGCCCAUCAAGGCUCCGUCUCAGUACAAACCUCCAGGAGAGGAGACCAGCCUGGAAACCUGCUACAGCGCCACGUUCAAGGGGGAGCAGGUCAAAGGUCAGAAAGACAACAAGCUGCAGGAGCGCAGGAGGAUACGCAGCCUUUACAGCGAGCCCACCAAGGAGCCCGCCAAGGUGGACAAGCCAGCGUCUCGCACCAAACCAAAAAAGCCACCGACGACGAAAGCAACGGGGAAGAUGGUGAAAAAAGCUAAAGAGAAGCAGAUUUCUAGUUCCCAGUCAGCAAAGAAGAAACCGUCAUCAGACACCAAACCGGAGGGAGUCGUGACGAAGAAGAGCAAAGAGAUCAGCAACAGACUGGCUGAAGCCAAACAGUAGAAGAGCAGGAUUUCUACACUUUAAUGUGCUCGAUAUUAAGCGACGUGAUGAAUU